AUGCGUUCCGCGUGCCUUCGCAUGCGUCUACUCAUGGCGGCGAAGCGCGAUAACGGGCACGCGUGGCAAAUUAAACGCCAGCGUGCAGCUCAAGAGCAAGCUUCCAAGAAGCAGUGGAUGCAACGGCUCAGAAAUCUACGCCGGCUCGUAUAUAAAUACCGCGCUUCACGCAAGUCGGUGCGUAAUCUGUAUGAGGACGUCCAAGCAGACAUCGCUGGCAGCACUCGAUAUAAGGAGGACUUACUUGUACAGGGUUGUGACCUUAUCGAGGAUGCUGACAGGGAGAAUCUGCUUAAGGAGAGCCUGGAAGCAGCAGUUCAAAGAGCCUUCGCAGGCACAGCUACCUUCGCAGACAGAGCCGUCGCAGAAACCUCGUCAAGCGUUACCUCUGGGCCUUGA